AUGCCUCCUCCACCCAAGCGCAAGCGGGGCGACCGCACUUACUCCCAGGACGACGACCGCAGCGGACGACCGUCGCCGCAUCGCCCCCAAAACCUCGGACUCUCGCACGGCCAGCAGCAGCAAGCCAACAGCCCGCGCGGCGGCGGCGGUGGUGGCAGGCGUCAGAGCAGAAACAAUGGACGCGGCGGCAACUCGAGUGUUCCGCAAAGUCCGAAUGUCUCACACCCAUCGCCAACUGCCAUGUCUCCACCCGCAAACACAUUCCCAUUGAGUCGGCAACCUCAGGCCGCACCAUCCACUCCUGCUCCAGCGCCCACUCCGUCACAGCCCUCGACGCCUUCUACACCGCGUGAGGUGCCAAACAGCAAUGAGUUCCUGACACCAGACCGCGUCGCUCACUGGAAUGGCCAGGCACGCGACGCUGUGGUGACGGCUGCUGUGGCUGCCCAGGGUGCAGGCGACCGACUCACCCUCUCGGUCAUAUUCACUGAAAUCAUCGAGGCGUCUAUGCACCAGCUGCUAGACGCUGGUGAACUGGGAUCCAUAGUACGCGACAUCACCUCCGCCCCAGCUGACGACCAGCUCGACCCAGUCUCGACGUUUCUCGACACGCUGGGCACGCUCAGCACGCUCACGCAGGAUGAGAGCAAACACGCGCCCGUACGGCAAAUGCUUGUCGCGACCGACAUUGAGCCUGCGCGCAUGCGAGCCGAGCUGGAAAACGACCUCUUGAAGUCCCUAGGCCUCGUCCGCGAUAGCUUCUCCAAGAUGGCCGUUCGCAAAGCAACCCACGCCCUGUACCGGCAGUCCAACUACAACCUCCUACGCGAAGAGACCGAGGGCUACUCCAAGCUCAUGACCGAGUACUUCACCACCGUGAACAACGAACCGCCUACACAAGAAGUCGUCGCCGAGACCUGGCAACGGGUGAAUGCCUUUAUCGGCGCAUUCGAUCUAGACAUUGGAAGAGUCCUCGACGUGACACUGGAUGUGUUUGCAAACCUUCUUGUCAAGCACGGCAGGUUCUUCGUCAAGCUGUUGCGAACGAGCGCAUGGUGGCCUGAGCUACGUGGUUUCGACAACAUUACCUGGGACGAGGCCGAAGUACCCACACUUCCUCAAUGGGCACGACCCGAUGCGAAACAGUGGUACUACACCGACGAAGAGAAGGAUGAACAAUCACGGCUACGAGAGUCGCGCGAUCGCAAAUUCUGGCAGCGUGUUGGCGAGUUGGGUGACAGGGCAGGCAUCCAGGCAUACUUUGAGCUUGGAAGCCGUCGUAUCACUGCGAACAACCGGCAGCCGGACCAGACAUUACCCGCAGAGGGCGCGACGCUGUCGAAUCAGCAGGCAGCUCGGAAAUGGGCCGACGAGUGGAUGGAGCAGACCAAGACACUCCCUCCCUCAGGAAACAGCAUCGCCGCUCAACUGCUUGGCUUCAAGCUCCAGUUCUACGCAUCCGAUGUCCGCGAUGCCUCCGACGAACUCCCCGAGAACCUCAUGUAUCUGAUUGCGCUUCUGAUCAAGAUUGGCUUCAUUUCCAUGCUGGAUCUCUACCCACAUCUGUAUCCUCUCGAGGAAGACAUGGCUGCACACAAGGAUAAGCUCCUCAAGGCCAAGAAAGAGAAGGAAGACAGUGAACGAGGUGCAGUCGCCAAUGCGCUGACAAUGGCCGGCGCACUGCCCGACGAGACCCCCGGCCCGCCAGCUGUUUCUCGUCUCAGAGAUGCUGAGAGCAGGUCUAAGUCGGAUACUGCACGAAGCACGCCUACCAAGUCUGACGAGCCCACUGAUAAGAAGAAGGCCCUACCCGAGCCCAAGGACCAGAAGUUCACCCUCUUGAAGAGUUUACUGUGCAUCGGCGCACUACCGGAAGCUCUGUUCAUCCUUGGACGGCAUCCUUGGAUGCUCGAUGUUUACCCCGAGUUGCUGGACCUUAUCUUCCGUCUGGCGCACCACUCUCUGAGCAAGGUUUACGAGGAAUCCAGGCCAGCCGUAGCCGAAGAAACCGUCAUCGCCACCAAGGGUGCUGGCAACCGGGGUAUUAUGAGGCCAAGCGAUUACGUUCCUCGACGAACUCUACGAUGGGCCAAGCCCGACAAGAAGGAUCAAGAUGGGGGAAUUGACUACAAGUUCUAUUGGGAAGACUGGGUCGACAGCGUUCCCGUGUGCCAAGAGGUAGACGAUGUGAUCAAGCUCUGCACCAGCCUCCUAGGUUUGGUGGGACCAGAGUGCGGCAAGGACAGUGUUCUCCUGACCAAGAUCAUACGUAUCGGAAAGAAGAACCUAGCGGACAAUCCCUCCGAAGCGAAUCGAAAGCGAUGGGUCGACUUUUCAGCAGCCUUCAUUGCACCCGCAAUCACCUUCACCGGCAGGAAUCCUGGAGUCAUCAAUGAGGCUUGGGAUUUGUUCAGACAUUUCGACACAGCCACUCGGUAUACUAUCUAUCAGCAGUGGUUCAACGGAAUGCUCAAGCCGGUAAUCAAGACAGCUUUCAAGCAAGUCGAAGUCGAAACCAGGAAGACCCUGAGUCGCGUUUCCGCCACCAACACCAAAGAGUACGGUCGUAAAAUUGCCAAGAUCUCGUAUGCCAGUCCCGGAAUCGUCUUCAGGACCACAGUCAAGCAGUUGGUCAACUAUCCCAACAUGAUCACUGCUUUGGUAGAGUGCAGCAGGUAUCUUACCUUACUUGGAUACGACGUCCUGACCUGGACCCUGGUUACAUACCUUCUGAGCCCUGAUAAAGAGUCAAAUCAGGAAGAUGGCAUGCUGUCUGCACCGUGGCUGAAAAACAUUGCUACCUUUGUCGGUAAAGCUUACGCAAGAUACAACUUGAUGGAUCCUGUUCCAAUUCUGCAGCUCACGACACACCAACUUCUGAACGCCCAAGGCGAGCUGUACAUGUUGGACGUUCUCGAGCAGAUGGUCAAGUCCAUGGGUGGCAUCAGCCUUAGUGGAUCCGUCUCGGAGUCGAUGGCUCUGGCGCUUUGUGCAGGCCCUGCGCUCCGCACUUUCACUUUGCAGUAUCGCCUAGCCGACAACCGUACCCAGGCUGCUCCUUCAGCAAGGCGUCUGGUCAGGUGUCUAAAAGAGACGGGCCUGGGACCACAAAUUCUCAUCGCGCUUGCGCAGCACGUAGAGGCGUACAUUCACCGCAACGACCAGCUCGAUGUACCCGACAAGCCUGUACUCUUCACCGUCGACAAGUUGCGCUCCGACAUGCUCCAGUAUAUGGAGCUCCUCCGAACAUACCUCUCUGUGGAUGACUUUGACGCUGUUUUCCCUUCUCUGGUAGAGAUGAUAGCGGACUACCACAUCGCGCCAGAUGUCGCUUUCACCAUCGCUCGUACGAGCAUAGCAGCCAAGGCUAAUGCCUUCCGGGUUGAGCAACGCUCGAAGUUAGUCCUCGAUGCGCAGACGAAUGGCGAUAUUGCCAUGAGUGGUGUGGAAGAGGCGCCCGCCGUGAACGGAGAGCAAGAGGCAUCGAAAGCAACCGAAGACGUGGAAAUGAAAGACUCCGCAGCGCCUGGAGAGUCUACUUUCGCUACCUCAGAUAAGCUGUCUUUGGCCGAUGUACCAAACGCGGAGAUUGAAGGUCUUGCGAGCCAGCUCAAGCAACAGCUACCCGACGCUUUUGGCGACUACCCUUGCCUGUCCUACUACGUCACCUUCUGGCAGUUGUCUCUGCCAGACGUUGUCGCUGAUGCCGAGAGCAUCAAGCAGCUAUACAAGGAGUCGAUCGAAAACUUGGAGCGACAGCUGCCCGCCCCUGUUCCCGAGCGCCGCGGCUACCGACCCAACGUACCCAAAGCUGAUUCCGAAGCAACGAAGAGUAUCAAGGAGAACAUUGCCAGGCUCAAGGAAGAGCAGCAAACUGUCACUAAGAACCACGCUGCGACGCAGGAUAGUCUCCGCGUUGAGUUGCGCCGAUGGUUCGAGGGUAUUCCAAUGAUGGGUCCGCAGUGUGACCUCCUGCACAACGCUCUUCUCCAGGAUUGCUUCAUUCCUCGCAGUCGCAUAUCUCAAGAAGACGCACAGUAUGCGUUCUCCAUGCUCAUUUUCAUGCACAGCUCAGGCGUGCCGGGAUUCCGCAUGAGCAGAUUACUGGAUAUGCUCUUCAACGCCAACAGACUUACGUCCAUCAUCAGCAUGUACACCGAAGCAGAGUCCUCAUCUUUUGGUCGUUUCCUCGGUGGCAUUCUGCGUGAGCUGCAAAUUUGGCAGGAGAACAAAGAUGAUGCUUUUGUCAAGCGCGCCCAAGGUUCAGAGAAGAACCUUCCUGGCUUCGGCAGGGGCUACGACGGAGAACGGAACCCGACGAGCUUCUUCACGUACGAUCAGUUUUGCAUGGUCUUGUUUAAGUGGCAUAAGGCACUCGCGGCUGCGCUCAAGACAUGUCUGGAGAGCGGGGACUAUAUGCAGAUGCGUAAUGCCAUCAACGUCCUUCACGCGCUGGGUACCAAUUUCCCUAGAGUGAAGAGCUUGGGCACAGAGCUGAAGGAGACGGUUGCUCACUUGAAGGAGGCAGAGGAGAGGCAGGAUCUUAAGAGGGCUUUGGAAUCUGUUCUUGGUCCCAUCCUCAAAGGAGAGAAGCUCUGGCAGGAGGACCAUGUCUUCCGCAACGUACCGGCGCCCCCUGGACUACCGACAAAUGGAAGUGAGAAGUCGACAGUGGAGAAGGGUAAGACUCCACAGCCACAGGACACAAAGCUCGACGCAUCUGCGCCUGCUUUCAAGCCGAAGCCCGAAACAAACGGUACCCCACUACGCGAAUCAAACGACAGGUCGAAGCAUGAUAGCACAACACCUGCGCCUUCGAGAGACAGAGAGCCAUUCAGGCCAACGCCAAAAGCCUCCGACAGUAGGCCUUCCACGCCAUCACAACCGGAGACAGGUUCUGGCAGGCCUCCAAUCAAGGGCCCUCCGAUGCAUCCAUCGUCUGUUCCGCUGCGACCAGAUAAUAGAAACACGCCUGGUCACAACACCCCAGUCAGUAGAACGCACGCACUGCCAACACGACCAGACUCGCAACCGAGGACACGACAAUCGGAACGCCCCAUGGUCGACCGUACGCCAGAGGCCGCGCAUGGUCGAUAUGACAGUCGGGGUCCCCCAGCCGAAUAUGGCCGACUAGAUCGUACGGCGGAUGCUGCACGUCAGCGUGAGGCAUCGCCAGGUCGGCGCGGUGGGCGACCGCUACCUGGUGGCAGAACACCCGAGAGGAUGCCGCCAGCGGCCGAGCAUCGCGAAUGGUCUGGCAGAGAACGCGAUUACGAUUACGACGAGCGGGCUAUGCGAGCACCUCCGCGAGAUGGGCGAGCGCCUGCGGUACGACCGCCCACAUGGGAUCCAAGAGACCCUUACGAUGCGCGGGAUUCACGUGAGCGUUCUGAUCCCCGAGGUUAUCCUGCACCUGCAGCAACGGAGCCUCGCAGGAUGCCGUCUACUUCAUCAUUGGCCAACGAGUACCGCCGAGAUGGUCCCCCGGUCAACGCCCCGUAUGCUGCGGAACAGAACGACAGGUCUUCGCGACUCCCACCGGUGCCAGUCGCAGCCAAAGAAGAACCUACAGUCAACCCAGCGCGUGCUGCCUUGAUCAAUCAAGCAGAACAUGGCAGACAUGGACCACCGAGGUCUGACCGCGACAACCGCGGCGAGCGAGAUGCUCGUUUGAACUCGCCUCGUCAUAGCGAUGAUAGACGCGGUGAUGACCGUCGACUCGACGAACGCCCUCCUCCUGGAUAUCAUGGUCGGAAUGAUGCGCCACGGGAUCCUCGGGAUGAGCGUCCUCAGAUGCCACCCUCUAGUGGGCGAAACCACCGUGAGGAUCCAGGAGCCAGUGCUCCAACCGGUCCGCGUGGUGGUCGCAACGAAGCCGCUGCAACAUCCCGGGCCUCGCGGGAGAUGUUCCAGCCUACACCUGGACCACGGGCACAAGACCCCAACUAUGGCCGGCUGAACCAGCCUGCAGAGCCGGCGCCGCCGCCGUCUGGCCCACGCAGCGAUCGAACAUCGCAGCCUUCAACACCGAGUGCACCCACCGGCCCCGCAGCAUCACUACCAGCAGGCAUCCAUCCUAGUAGGCUGGCACACAUCGAGGGCAGAGCACCAAGCGGGCCACCACUUCAGACCAAUAUGCCGAACGCUCCAAGCGGUCCGCGUAACGGGGGUCGUGCUCCUCAAGGUCCUAUCCCAUCAUCACCAGUUGGUCCGCGACCUCCCACAGGUCCUGGAGGACCUAGGAAUGCCGGCAACCCACUACGUGCGAUCAACAACGUAUUGACUGGAAACGCGCCUGCCGAUCGAUCAAGCGAACGCAAUGCACCUCAUUCCAACCCUCCGGUGCGGGGUCGCGGUGCUACUCGCGCCAACGGCCCAAUGGACGGAUCAGACAUGACGAGCCCAAUGCCACCGCCCUCGCUUGACUCAACGCCCAACCAGCACCCGAGGAGCAGUCGAAACGACGAUGUACCGAGCCGGAUGGAGGGCGCUCCACAAGAAGAAGGCCGUUCGGAAUCUCGCAGUCAUCGACACCGAUCAGGUCGCGAGCGCUCACCCGAUCGAUCCGGACGCCAUCCCGAAGAGCGAAGCAGCCGCACUGCCCCUUCUGAACGCGCAGAGGGCGAACGUGGCUCCGACCGCGGCCGCGAGAAACACGGCAGCAACCGAGAAAGCAGCCGUCGCGAACGCGGCGAACGAGACGGCGAACCGAGAUCAGGACGCGAGCCUCGCGAAAGCAGCAGACGCGAGCGUGGCUCCCGAGACGACGGACGCUCUUCAGGCGCUAGGGAAGAAGGACGCUCGGAUCGGAGGAGCCGUGGUGGCGGCGGAGGAAGCAGCCAGGGAGACGAAGCACGCAAGAGGGGACGCGAUCCCCAGGAUCAAGCCCAUGGAGAUACCAAGAGGAGGCGUUAG